AGUUAUUGGCAGAUUGCGUUACUGGAGGAGGGGCAAAUGAGGAAAGCUCGCGGAAGAGUCCCUCGAUCGAUUGAAGUUAGUCCAGAAUAUCCGGUGAGGGACUGCGAGGGCUUGCAGACUUUGGAUGGGGAGACUGUAAGAACAGGAUUGCAUUAUAAAGGUUUUGGGUCUGAACUACUGACGACAUUCCCUGAUAGUCUAUCGCGUUGAGAUGAUACAACCCUAGAGAAUCAAUGGCAGGGCCAUUAGCUGUGAUUUCACAAGACAUUCAAGACAUUAAACGGUGUGAAUGGUUCUGAACGAAUUUCGUUUUGAUCUGGAUACUGCUGGGUCAUCACAAGAGGUCUCGCUGAGGAUUUCUCAUACCGUAUGCUGUUCGGUCUCAUUGAUAUCAGCAUAACAAGCCCUGGUAUCUCGACUGCCUGGAAACGUACACUAUCAGGAAUUGGUCUUCGAUGCGUAAGGAGACAUUGAAUGGAACAUGAUGCAAUAAUAUAUGCGAAAGACGGUUGCAGUCCUUCAGUCUGCGUAGACAGUUUUGAUGAAAAGUAAGCUGUGAACACUCAAAGAUGAAGUUCCCUUUCCGUGUCCUGUCAAUCAUCAUCUCCAUGGUAUUCCUGACCAUCAUUCUGCUCGUGUUCGUCGACUUCAAGGACUCAAUCGACGUGCAUCCAAGGAACUGGGACUUUCAAGAACAGGUGAGGAAAACCGUCAAAGGUGACAUCCAAGAGUGUCGAUUCGCCGAUAACGUGAUACCUUCCAAAGGCAUAGACACCCAUGUGCUUUUUGAUAAGGUUCACAAGCAAGAUGCGUCUAUGAUUGAACCUGAAACCAAAGGAGGGAAUGAGAAAGUGACAGUUUUUCUUGUGCCGCAUUCCCACACUGACCCUGGAUGGCUGAUGACUGUGGAUGAAUACUACAAAGAGUUAACCAAGAACAUCCUCGAUAACUUGGUAAUAAAGAUGGCGCAGUAUCCAGAUGUCAAGUUCGUCUGGGGCGAGACUGUCUUUCUCGCAAUCUGGUGGAAGGAUAUAACAGAAGAGGUAAAAGAGAAGUUCAAGGCGUUAGUCCAUUCUGGGCGGGUUGAGAUCAUAAAUGGUGGCUGGGUGGCACCUGACGAGGCUGUGACCCACUACUACGCCAUCAUUGACCAGUUGAUGGAAGGGCAUCAGUGGGUGGAGAAGUACCUUGGGGUGAAAGCUAAAGUGGGUUGGUCGCCGGAUCCUUUUGGAUAUUCUGCCACAAUGCCUUACCUCCUGAACAGGGCAGGUAUGCAGGACAUGGUGAUCUUGAGAAUACACGACCACAUUAAGCAAAGACUUCGCAGGGAGAGAAACUUGGAAACGCAUUGGAGACAGCCAUGGGAUUUACAUACCAACUCCACUGAUACAUUUUGUCACAUCAUGCCAUACAUCCUCUACAACUUUAAGUAUUCUUGCGGCCCGAUACCCUACGUUUGCAAUAAGUUCGAUUUUCGCAAAGUGCCGGGUAAAAAUGGCGACAAUCAACCGCCAAGUCUUGGAAAAGACAACAUUGCAGGAUAUGCUAAGAUGUUGGCUGGUGCCUUCCGACAAAAGGCCCAAGUGUUUCGACAUAAUGCUGUAUUUCAUGCCAUGGGAGAUGACUUUCGUUAUGACACGGCGCUGGAGUGGGACGAACAGAUUGCCAAUUAUACCAUGUUGAAGGACCAUAUAAACCAACAGAAAGACUGGAAUAUGGAGGUCAAGUUUGGCACUCUAACUGAUUACUUCAACGCUAUAAAACAAACAGAAAGGAAUAAGCAACUGAGAGGAAAAUUUCCUGUUCUCCACGGGGAUUUCUUUCCAUACUUAGAUAUGGGCUCGUCCUACUGGACAGGCUUCUACACCACCAGACCCUUCUGGAAACAGCUCGGCAGAGAGGUGGAGGGUAACCUGAGGACUGCUGAAAUACUGAACUCAUUAGCUGUAGGUUAUACAUCUAUGUAUGGUAGACCAUAUAAUGCGGACGCGAAUCUGAAAUCCCUCUCCGAAGCGCGACUGCAUCUUGCCACCUUUCAACAUCAUGACGCCAUAACUGGCACAUCCAAACCUCACACUGUGAAAGACUAUGAGAGGAGACUUUGGCGGGCGAAACGCUUGAGCCAUAAGGUCAGUUCAAGUGCCGCUGCUUAUCUCUUCAGCAAGGGUAAAGUGGCUCCAUUGGAUCUACCGGCACAUUACUUGUAUCCUGAUGAUGGUAGAAGUGACGAUUCUCCUCUGCAACUGAAAACGCCCAUUAAUACACAAGAUAGCUUGGCUAAGGUUUGCGUUUUUAACCCUGUCCCUAAAAUACGCCAUGAACUGAUCCGAUUAGUUGUGAAUAAUACUGACGUCACAGUAUUCGACAUCAAUGAGGAACCAGUCAUGAGCCAGAUCAGUCCUGUCUGGGAGAAUCGAACCACAGUUUCCAAUCACAAGUUCGAGCUCCUGUUCUACACCACUCUCCCACCGCUUGGGAUGGUGACCUUCACGAUCAGGCCAAUCCUCAACAAUCGCUACACGAAGAAAGCCAAACUCUCCUGCACCAAACCAACGCUCAAGGAAUGCGCCAUCUCACCAGGGAAGUUCUUCAUUUCUCUCACACCAAACCCGAACCGGAUCGAAAUCAAGAAUUCGCACUUUGUUGCAACGUUUGAUGGAAAGGGUGCGUUGACCACUCUGAGGAACUCAGGGGCGAAGAAGACCUUGAUAAUAUCACCUUCAUUUCUCCAAUACGACUCUGCCGGAAGUGGGGCAUACAUUUUCUACCCGUCCCAGAAACAUUCCUCCCUCUUCAUGGAACCGGAUACAGUUGUACAUGUAGAGGGAGCGCUGUUGUCGGAAAUGCGAAUGGCGCAAGGCAUUCUUGAGCACAGUGUCCGAGUCUUCCACACCAAUAACACACAAGGUGCAGCAUUAGAGAUAGAAAAUUGCUUAGACAUGACAGGAACCAAAAACAACAAGGAGAUUUUUAUGAGAUUUGAAACCACGGUUAAGAAUAAAGACGUGAUGUUUACGGAUUCGAAUGGAUAUCAGAUGAUUCUUAGAAAGAGGAAAGAUUCAUUCAAUAUCGCUGGGAACUUCUUCCCGAUGGCUACGAUGUGUUAUAUCGAGGAUGAUUGGAUGAGGCUGUCAGUGUUGGCAGGGCAGCCUCACGGGGUCGCCUCGCUGAAGCAGGGCUUGUUGGAUGUCAUGCUUGAUAGGAAGCUGUUCUCAGACGACUACAGAGGAUUAGAAGAAGGUGUAGUCGACAACAGGAAAACUCGCACGACCUUUCUUUUACUCCUGGAGCAAAAUAAACGAAUUUACGACAAUGACGAUGAUGAGGAUGCUAAAGUCCUGUCCUAUCCUUCUUUACUUGGUACAACACUCACAGACUACCUAUUACGACCUGUUACUAAUUUCAUAGUUCACGAACCACUUGCUCUACUGCAAACAUUCUUCCCUCUACGGUCGCCAUUGCCUUGCGAUGUGGACAUUGUCAACCUGAAGACUCUCGUAGAUAAAGUGAAUGAUCACCUCGACGUUGUGUUAAUACUCCACAGAAGAGGGUUCCAGUGUUACUUCGAGACGUCUGACAUUAAUUGUCCCAUGACUGGAGGGGACGUGUCUUUGAAUGGCAUGUUUGAAAGUAUGAAGAUUACCUCAAUGAAGGAAGUGACCUUAUCUCUCAUGUAUGAGAAACGUGCUAGGGAUCCUAAUGAACAUGUGCAUCUUCAUCCGAUGGAGAUAGUGACUUAUAGAUUACAGUUUGUUUGAGCUUGGUGAUGGGGUGAACCAUGGAGCAUCUCCAAAUUACAUGGUGCAAAAACAAA